GGCCAACAGAGCUGUCUGUCACAGCUAGGUGGGGUUGCGAUCGUUAUGCGGGCGCUUGGAGAGUGGACGGGAGGAAGGUAUCCGGCCUGGGCCCAGGACCAGGACUAGGACUGAAUUGAAAAUCCUGACCACAGGACCUUGACCAUCAGUUUCAACACGCCUGGUCUAAAAUUUAAACAAAACUUGACAUUUAAUAGUUGAUCAUCAUGAAUUGGUGCACUCUUCAUGGCAUCUUCUGUACGUGAAACUCAAACACAAUCAGAAGAUUUGAGGAUUACGUUGAAGUCCAGUGAAAAGCAUACAGUCCAAACAGCAGUUUGAGAUGGCAGGAUUUCUGGACAAUUUUCGCUGGCCGGAAUUUGAAUGUUUUGACUGGGGAGAAAGCAGAAAUGCAGUUGCUUCUAUCGUAGCUGGGGUGUUGUUCUUCACUGGUUGGUGGAUAAUUGUAGAUGCUGCAGUGGUUUACUCAAAAAAUGAAUUGAAUCCAGCUUUUCACACGUGUGGAGUCAUGUCGACUGUUGCUUUUUUCAUGAUAAAUGCUGUGUCUAAUGGACAGGUCCGAGGAGAUGGAUACAGUGAUGGCUGUUUGGGAAGAACAGGUGCACGAAUCUGGCUUUUUAUUGGUUUCAUGCUAAUGUUUGGAUCUCUCAUAGCUUCCAUGUGGAUCCUGUUUGGGGCAUAUGUUGUACCUAGGAUUAAUGUGUAUCCGGGUCUGGCUGUGUUCUUUCAGAAUGCAUUAAUAUUUUUUAGCAGCCUAAUCUAUAAGUUUGGAAGAACCGAGGAACUCUGGGCGUAACGCCUGUCAAUUCAGCACCGACUCAGGAUAUUCUGCACAUGAACGAUGACUGCAAAUACACAUUGCUUCUAAUUGGCCAAAUAUUAAUUCAAGUUGAUUUUAGAUAAAAUGUAAAAUGUAUUACCAAAAGAUUUUGAAAGACUCAUCUUUUUAUUUUAUGAACAUUUUAGUGUUUUGUAUUCUAGUACUGCUUUCUGAAUAAUAGUUACAUUGAGUCAUAUAAACAGAAGAUGAUGCACUGGUUGGGCUGAUAACUGUUGUAUGACCUCUUAAAUUCAGUGUUAAAUAUAGGGAUAAUAUAUCAGAUAUGUUGCUAGUACUAUUAUUCUUGCUAUAAUGAUUGCAGCUUUGCAUUUUGUAAAAAAUCAAAUUCUGUACACCCGCAAAGCAGCAUAAGCUUGUAAACUUUAGAUUUGUGCAAAAUAUUUGUAAGGUUUGGAAUCAUAGAAUAGAAUCCUAGUUGUCCAUUUUAAUUAUUUUAAAUUUUAAAAUCACUAUUUGCAAAUAUUGCUAUUGAACGAGAAUGUUUGCUGCAACUCUUUUGAAUUGUCUGAGGGAGGGAUUGCCACUAUUAAACAGUUUUUUUCCUUGUUAUUUAUGAAAUAAAUCUUCUCAACGGUAUGUUUUAUUGUGAAUUUCUGUAUUCAACAAAAUUUGUGAAAUAAACACAACCUGCUGUGUUGAA